CAGUCCUCCGCCCGAGUAUUGUAUAGCUAACAUCCUGCUCGAAUUCCUUGUGGGAAAAUGACCAAAUGAAUGCCUUGCGUUUAAGCUAAUUCAACUACUAAUGGCUUCGACAUCACUGCACGAUGAGACUCCUGAAGGCAUUCUCGCCGCUGUUCCAGCCCCAAAUUCAUUCGGCACAAGAUACCCGGUAGGCUUAAUCACUGAGAAGACAACCCCAAAGGAUGUUCCAAUUAGCGACUCGAGUCUGCCAUCAGAACUCUCCUUAGUACCCAUCGGCCGUGCUCAACAUCCCCAGCUACCCAUGAGUAGCACACGCGAGUUGGCCUUCAUCUUCAUUACCUGCAUUGCGCAAUUCCUCUCAUUAUGCGCACUGAACCAGACAGUUGCGCCAGUCAUGGUCUUAUCAAAUUAUUUUCACCUUCAGGAUUACGGGACACUGAGUUGGUUCUCGGCAUCUUUUAGUAUGAGUGUUGGCACGUUCAUUCUACCCGCUGGUCGUCUAGGAGAUAUGUAUGGUCACAAACGAAUCUAUAUCAUUGGAUGGCUCUGGUUUGCCUUGUGGUCGCUCAUCACAGGUUUCAGUUACCUCUCUGGGAACAUCAUGUUCAGCAUAUGUCGUGCGUUUCAAGGAAUUGGACCCGCAUUGAUAGUUCCCAAUGCUGUUGCUAUGAUCGGGCGUACACUUCCAAUUGGACAGAAACGAAACAUGGGAUUCGCUUGUUUUGGUGCUGCAAGUCCAACAGGUGCCGCAACAGGAGCUGUCUUUUCUGCUCUAAUUGCUGACCUUGUUUGGUGGCCAUGGAGCUUCUGGAUACUUGCCAUAGUAUGCUUGUUGGUAACCGCCCUGGCAAUCACCAUCCUCCCGGACGAUAAACUGGAAGGUGAUAUGGUAGAUGUUCCCCAGCGACCAAAUUUUGAUUAUUGGGGUGCAAUAACGGGCGUUUUUGGAUUGGUCUCUAUCAACUUCGCACUCAAUCAAGCCCCACUCGUCGGCUGGCAGGACCCUUAUAUUGGCUCAUUACUCGGACUCGGAAUUCUUGCGCUCUUCGCUUUCAUCCUCGUCGAACUAUACGCGACCGAGUAUCCCCUCGUACCUAUUAGAGGGCUCCAUAGAGAUGCAAUCUUCGCUCUGGCAUGUAUCGUCGCUGGUUGGGCAUCCCACGGCAUAUGGGCAUACUAUCUCUACCUAUUUCUUCAACAUCUACGCGGCCACUCUGCACUGCUCACAUCUGCCGAGACUUCGCCCGUCGCUCUCACUGGGGUAUUUUUUGCCUUUUCCACCAUUUGGCUUCUAAAGCGUCUGAGAGUAAGCUGUGUUAUGUUUUUGGCCAUGGCUUGUUUCACGAUUGGAGCGAUACUCCUGGCCACAAUGCCGCUCCAUCAAACGUAUUGGACACAGACCUUCAUCUCUAUCCUUAUCAUGCCGGGCGCGAUGAAUCUGUCAUAUCCGGCAGCAAACAUCCUCCUUUCUUCGGCCUUACCAAGAGAGAAACAGGGCAUUGCGGCUUCCCUCGUCAGUACCAUGGUCAACUACAGUAUAUCCUGUGGGCUGGGAGUUGCCGGGACAAUCGAUCGCUAUUAUAUAGAGCAUGAAGCAAGCCAGAGAGGUUGGUCACCAUCCAAGGGAAAUCCAGCACCUUUGAGCGACCAUAGCGAGGAAACACAUGUCCUUCGACUUGCAGGUGCGAGAGCCGCUUUCUUCUUUGCGGCUGCACUGGGGGGUGUUGGGAUGAUCAUUGCUUUCGUUCAUAUACUAAUCACUCGCUUACAAAGGAAAAGCUGAAGUUCCUGU